AUGGUUUACAGCAUCGGGGUCCUGCUGGCCCUGGCAAGUGCCAUGGUCACGCAGGGCUGCGGUGAGUGUCACUCCUCCUGCAGCGGCAGCGCAGACAGACCGGUGACACUGCAGGGCGACGAGUGGAAGAUGCACAGGGCUCCUGCUGACCUGCCCUCAGUGGCACAGGGGUGCCAGGCUGCAGGGGCCCACCACCACCUGAUCCACGAGCUGCUGCACCGCAUGGAGAAAUCUGUCAAGUUUGAUGAACCACCAAAUCCCAGCAUCCUGCUGGCCAUGAACCUGGCUGGAGCCACCCAUGGCCAUGUCGACAGCUGGCUGCUCCAGGAGAUAAAGAAGGAUGCAGUGGAGAGAGCCCAGACAGACAUGAAGUCAGGAGAGGUGGCUCUGUACGUCCUCGCCCUCCUCUCCUCCUGCCAGGACCCCCAUUGUGUCCAUGCCAUGGGGAAGACUGUCAACCUGAUCCCCAUCCUGAAGCAGAAAAUGAACGAGGAGAUCAGCAGAAAUGUGAUCACCUGGUACAGUGAGAGCCUGGACAUCCUGGCCCUGUGCCUGGUGAAGGAAUAUGACAUCCAAGAGGCAGUCGAGGCUGUGGCUGAGGAGCUGCAGAAGUGUAGGAGUUCCGUCUGUGUGGACACCCAGGCCAUGGUGGUCCUGGCGCUGGUGUGCGCCUACAACCACACAGAGAAGCGGGAUCUGAUCCGUGACGCGCUAAAGGCGGUGACCAACCAUUUCCUGGAUGAGCAAGAGAGCAACAAUGGCACGAUCGGGAAUAUCUACAGCAUGGGGCUGGCCCUGCAGGCUCUGGAGGACUCAAGUGAGUUUUACGCCCCUCGGAAGUGGGACCGUGCCCAGGCCUUCAACGUGGUCUACAACCAUGACUACCACCAGCCCAUGGCCAUAGCCCAGGUGCUGCCUGCCCUGGUGAACAAGUCGUACCUGCACGCAGGUGGGUGGGGCUGUGCUGCCAACGGAAUGGCCCCGAGCCAACAGCUGCCCCUGUCACCAUUGCCGGGGACAAUCGGGCUACCCACAGCUCCCAUCACGGUGCAGUUCUCCAUCACCAGCACGAUGAAGAAUUACUUCCACUACUCCACCUCAGUGUGUGUCCCACAUCACUCCACGCUGCUCCAGGUGAUGAAGGUGGCAAGGAAUGAGAAACCUGACAUCUUUUGUUUCAAGACAAAGAAGACAAGCUGGGGUCCCUAUGUGACCUCCAUUCACGGGCUGCCUGCCAAUGAAACCGAAAGGACCUACUGGCAGUUCUUCAGCUGCUGGAGUCCCCUCCAGGAAGGGGUCGGAACCUACAAGCCGAAAAACUGGGAGCACAUACAGGCCAUCUUCAGCACCUACUGAUGCCACCAAGACAUCCUGGGCCCCGCCAUGGAGCAAUAAACUGCCAUUCCAGCAUGUCCCCGUGUGUGUGUGUGUCCCUGGGAGAAAACACAGUUCACAUCCCUUUUGUCUUCCUUCCUGCUUAAUUCCAUGAGCUCAGCUUCUCUCCUUCUCUUCCCCAGCACCACACACAAGCACAGCCUCACCCAAACUCCAUGGAGUCAUUCCCCUCUGGACAUCAACAGAGCCUUUCUCCAGCA